CGGCUCCUCGCACCGCAGCGGGCACCAGCGCCACCACGGACCGCCCCAGCGCCCGCCCGACGGCGUCCCGCCGCGCUUUAAGAGCCAGCCCCGCAGCCCAGCCCGAAGAGCCCAGACCAGCGAGACCAGCCCGCGGGAGCAGCCCCAUGGCGGAGCAGCUGGCCCUGGUGAUUGGGGGCACCAUCGGGGGGCUGCUGCUGCUGCUGAUCGGGGCAAGCUGCUGUCUGUGGAGACGCUUCUGUGCCACCCUCCCCUAUGAGGAGCUGCCUGGAACACCAGCCACGGCCGCUGCAGCUGCCUCCAGUGGACAGCGGGACAGGCCCUGCCAGCCACAGGCUAGGACCCCACUGAGCAGGCCACCAGGUGUGCCAUUCGUGGUGCCCCCUUCCCUUCAAGGCCGAGACUGGGUGCCCCUGCACAGCGGAGAGUGGGCCCACACCCCAUGGGACCCCCGCCCAGCAUCGGAGCUGCUGCCUCACAACCCCAGCGGUGGCCUUGGAGAUGCAUGUAAGGUGGGGGCCAUCAAUCCAGAGCUGUACAAGUUCUCAGAAGACAACAGUGAGACUGAAUUCCCUGCCGGCUGCCUAGGGCGGCUGUGGUUCUCAGUGGAAUACGAGCAGGAGGCCGAGCGGUUGCUGGUGGGCUUGAUCAAGGCGCGGCAGCUGCAAGGCCCCUCGGAAACCUGCAGCCCCCUGGUGAAGCUCUACCUGCUGCCUGAUGAGCGGCGCUUUCUCCAGUCUAAGACCAAACACAAAACCUCCAACCCGCAGUUUGAUGAGCACUUCAUCUUCCAGGUGUCCAGCAAGACCGUCACCCAGAGGGUGCUGAAGUUCUCCAUCUACCAUGUGGACAGGCGGAGGAAGCACCAGCUCCUGGGCCAGGUGCUGUUCCCCUUGAAUAAUAAGACCCUGUCAGGGGACUGCCGGCGCAUCAUCUGGAGAGACCUGGAGCCCGAGAGCCUGGAGCCCCCCUCAGAGUUUGGCGACCUCCAGUUCUGCCUCAGCUACAACGACUACCUGAGCCGCCUGACAGUGGUGGUGCUGCGUGCCAAGGGCCUCCGGCUUCAGGAGGACAGGGGCGUUGUCAGUGUGUUUGUCAAAGUGUCUCUGAUGAACCACAACAAAUUUGUCAAGUGCAAGAAGACCUCCGCUGUGCUGGGCUCCAUCAAUCCUGUGUACAAUGAGACCUUCAGCUUCAAGGCCGACGCCACAGAGCUGGAUACUGCCAGCCUCAGCCUGACCGUGGUGCAGAACAUGGAAGGGGACAAGAGUCAAGAGCUGGGCCGGGUGGUGGUGGGCCCCUACAUGUACACCCGCGGCAGAGAGCUGGAGCACUGGAAUGAGAUGCUCAGCAAGAACAAGGAGCUGGUGAAGCGCUGGCACGCACUCUGCCGCACCACAGAGCCCUGACCCCUCGCCCAGCACCGCGGUUCACUUUGGGAGCCUACUGUCCUCGCCAUUGCACGUGACAGCCACAGCCACAAGCAUGGACGUUUCAUCCAACCGCUCCCUGAGCUUCGAGGCCAGCCCGAGCCAGGGGUAUGUGAGUGCUGAUGUGCAGAAGAGAAGAGGGGACGAGGAAGCCCCAGCCCUGUCAGCAGGUCAGCAGCUACGGCCAUACAGCCUUCCAACACACUCCAACCUCCUUACCUGCGUGCUGCCUGGGCUCGGAACCCCAGCUCCUGGUCCUCACAGCCCUGACUGGACCAGAAUCUCAGGUGCUCAGAGGAAAGAUCCUAUUUAGUGAUGACCCAGCUCUAUCUGCUGAAUGGACAUGCAGGCUAAACUUGGGUGCCUCCAUCUGGGAAAGCCGAAGAUGUGUUGAUGCAGUCGAUGACCCACACUGCUUUUCAACCAGGGUUUCUCUGCCUUCCGCCUGGCAGAGAAAACACACUGCUGUGGGGAAAAUCACAGGGAAAGCGCUGUGAGCAGCCCACGAAGGCACCAAAUGCAUGGCUCACUGUGCUGGGUGAGGUCCUCCACAGGGCUAUAUGAAAUGCCCUCCCACAUCGCAUCAAGUCUGCCCACGGCCCACCCUCCCCACGGUCCAAAACCACACAGCCCUGGAUCUCCAGCUGUUCUGCUGCUGUUUCUGUGGUCUCCCUGAUUAACAGCGUUCAGCUCCUGGCGUCUCCCUUUGAGCAGGAAAUGGUGAAAGCCUGUGGCUCUGGUGUAGCCCACAGGCUGAGAUUGUUGUGUUGCAGUACUGAUGUAAAAUUUGUUAAGAAGAAAGCACCCACACAUGCCACCAUCAACUCCCCAGAAGUUGCACUCAAGCUAGUGAGUAGGCCUUGUGCUUGUCACAGUUACUGUAACAGGCAGUAUGUAUUUGCACCUGGCGCCGUGCAGCCUGCACGUCAAUACGUUGUUUUGCAUAACUAGAACAGAACAUGGAACCAGUAUUUUUUUGUUUUUGUUUUUGUUUUUGAGACAGCGUUUCACUCUUGUCGCCCAGGCUGGAGUGGAAUGGUGCAAUUUCAGCUCACUGCACCCUCCGUCCCCCGGGCUCAAAUUAUUCUACUGCCUCAGCCUCCCUGUAAGCAGCUGGAAUUACAGGCACCCAUCAUCACACCCAGCUAAUUUUUUGUAUUUUUAACAGAGACAGGGUUUUGCCAUGUUGGCCGGGCUGGUCUCGAACUCCUGGCAUCAGGUGAUCCACCUGCCUCGGCCUCCCAAAGUGCUGGGAUUACAGGUGUGAGCCACCGCACCUGGCUCAACCAGUAUCUUUUUCUCAUGCAUUAAACAACUUUAGCAAAAGAGGCAAUGAAUGUUAUAUUGAGUCUGUACCUCUUUAACUCCACCUCUGAUUUCUGUCAAUCUACAAAUCAAGUGUCACCUGGUAGUGGUCCAUAUGGACAGAAUAUCUUGUGUUUGCUUUUUAUAACUUAUUACAGUUAUACAUUUUCAAAGUAGUCCACAAAACUGUAGUUUCUAAUAGCUUCAUGACACACAGGUAAUAGGGUUCUCUGUAUGUUUAUAGAGCAGGCUACCACAGUGGAACUGUUUCUGUUUCACCUAACAUCCUAAUAGGUGCCAGCCACCCCUACAUUCCAAGGUGAGAUUUCUGACUAGCAGUGACUAUUGCAGGGCCACUUAGAAAAGCUAGUAAGUAUCCUUUUCUGCAGGACAGAGUAGGCUGGUGCAUCUGACUCAUCCCUGAAAAACUCUAAAUGGCAAGAGACUAGCAGGCUCUCUGUUCUGAUGGGGAGGAAGCAGAGGUUGUUGUUUGCGUGGUUCUCUACAGACAUACUCAGGGCAAGAAGUAUAUGCAUGCUUACCAUGAACCAGAGAGACCUGGCCGGGGUUGUCUCAAAUCCUGUCCACAUGGCAACUCCAAAAGAAAGAUGCCCCUUAAAUUUCCACAAAAGACCUUAUAAUCAGUGAGUCAAUUUCCACAAAAUAAAGUGCUAGAAUUUGAUUGGAUUUAAUUGAUUAUGUAGAACAAUUUGGGAGCCAUUUGAAAUCUUUAAAAUAAUCUAUCUUCCUAUUCAUCAACAUGGUAUAUCUCUUCUUUAAAUCUCUUGUACAUAUCUUAGAAUUAUUUUUGUGGUUUUCAGUAAAGUGUUCUUGCACAUCCUUCAUUAGA